AUGUUUUGGUUGUAUUUCACAGGGAACUGAAACAGGCUGAGGGUCUGACCAAAGAACUUGACGAGGAGUUGUCGAAAUUAAACGACCAGAAAAGAGAUCUGUCAAAUAAGAUUAAGGAGUUGACCCAAUCUAUUAAACAAGAGCAGAAAGAUCUCAACGAAGUAAAGUCAUUUUUAGAGGAUGAGAGUUUCCAGGAUGAGGACUGUGAAAAAGAAGAUUUAUUAAAGGAAGUGGAAAAUAUAGAAGGCAGUGUAAAAGAUAAAGAAAAACAACUUGGUAAUUUAAAUAUUGAGCUACAAAGGUUGAAAGACCAACAAAAUGAGAAGAUAAAGGCUAUCAAUGAGAUUUGUGCUAAAGUUAGAAAUGAAUACUGCGAGACCCGUAUAAAACAACAAUUUGCAUCUUACUACGAGGACAUUAAAAGAGCAAGCAUAUCUGACAGUACAGACAAAACAGAGCCGGAGCAAUUGCAGAUCCAAAACCUUACAGAAAACCUAAAGGUGUUCUGCUGUAGUUCAUGGGAAUACCAAUCACUCGAACACUCGGGGCCAAUUGAUGCUGGUCCAAAGGUGUUCAGUAGGGUGGAUGACACCCAGAUUCCUGUGUUGAGGAAUUAUGUGCAUGAACUGACGAGUACCAGCAAGAAAGAGUCAUUGAUAGACACAUUGUCCAGUUUAGAUGGAUUCGUUUCUAGUGUGCAGAGUUACUUAUCGGAUAAAGAAGUCAUGAAACCAUCAAAACAAAGCUUUACGAAGGUAACCAUAGAUUCAAAGUUGCAAAAUCUCAAAUCAUCAAUGGAUUGCAAUUUGAGAAAGUUGAGAUCAGAUCUUGAUGAUAUCUUUGAUAAAAACCUCAUUGUGAAAUUGAGAGAUGGCGCAAGAGCCGCUGCCAAGGAGGCCAAUAAUAUAUCUAACAGAUGGGGAGCUCAGCGUGGAGAAGGCGGCUUACACCAUAGGACUUAUCAAGCUGCUGUGAAGAGACAAGGCGUUUACUUAGACGUAGAUUUCAAUACAGAGUUGGCACAGCCGAUGAUAACAAAAAUUGCAUUUACAUGGGGUAAUACAUUCAUGGCUGUCAAUGGGUCAGUAUGGAAAGCACUGGAUGAAUUCAAGAACGUUAUUUUACAAGAGAGAAAGCAGUUUUUGGAUGAGCUUUUACUCGAUUUCGGUAUUCCAGAGAAAGCCUCCAAAGCCUUUCGAGAAGUACAGGAUCGUCAUGCGUCCAUUAAGAUAAGUGGUACCAUAAAGGACAUACAAGACGUGGUAUCCAUUGAUCAUCGCGCCAUUCAUGGGAUAGCCGCACCGUAUAUACAGUCAUGUCUUUCUGAUGUGUACAAAGAGUGCGCUGAAAUUAAAGGAAAAGGAAUGUUAGAAAGAGUGAAAUCGAAACUAACUGCAGGAAUCGAUGAAAAGCGAAGGGCUAUGUUUGAGCAGAUUGCAGAUGGCAUGACCAAUGAACUGCAUGCAAUAAAGAAUAAAAUAAUUGACCAGUUGACACAGAAGAGUAACGACCUAAUUAAAGACUUAAAUAGCGCAUUAGAGCCACUCUGGGAUGACAAUACCAUACUAAGAAGGCAUUUCAGCCAAGCUGUCGGAAAAUUUGCAUUAAAAGUCAAGGGAGUUUUAGAGGAUUUCCAGUCCGCUGCUGAAGGCCCGUCGCAGAAGAGGCAAAAACUGCAAGCUCAAUCAGAGUGUCCUGAGCCUGUGCAAGGCUGCAGCAAGUAGACGAACUCAGUACAAUGACAUGGCACAGCUGCCUACACAGAUACAAAAAAUACAGCUACCUAUACGAGUACAGUCAACAGCUAAUUAUUUGAACAUUCAAGGGAAACACUUCCAUUGACGCAAUAUGACGAAUGAACAUUUCUUUUAUUUUUCGAUACUUUAUAAAACAUACAGUGUUAAAUGUUAACGAGUGAGACCAACCUUCAUAAUAAGGUCAUACGUUUUACCGCCACUUUAAUACUUUUGGGGACCUCCGUGGCUGAGGAGUAAAGGUCGUUGUCUUCGUAUCGCUUGCUCCUCACCGAUGAAUGUUCAAGCCUCUCUAGGGACGUGAGGAAGCAGUUCAGCUGGUUUAUGGAAGGUCGGUGGUUCUACCAAGGUGCCCGCCCGUGAUGAAAUAAUACAUGGAGGGGCACUUGGGUCUUCCAUAUCCAUCAAAAGCUAGAAAGUCGGCAUAUGACCUACAGUUAUGUCGUUGCGACGUUAAAGCCAACGCAAAAUAUCUAAUUAUUUCUUUUUGUUAAAAACUUAAAUAACAAUUUUUACAUAUACUAAAAACGAAAAUGUUGAAAAAAUGUCAUUUCUAGCCAAAACAAGCUAUUACGCUGAAAGUAAAGGUAUCAGGUAAAUAUAUCUCCAGUAAUUAAAUUAUUCUGUCAUUGUUUCCAAACUAUUCUGAUAUGAGCUACAGUAAACGUUCUCAGAACAGAUAUUCCGUUGAGAAUAUACUUUUCUUACAAAGCAAGUUUUCACUUGGGCUGUCCAGUUUUAUUACCAAAUACCUUUUCUAAAGCUGUAUUUUGUUUUGUUUCUGUUAGUUCAAGUCGUUGAUGUAUAUAUAAGACUAAGGAUAAUGUUUCUUGCUUUAUUGUUGUAGCUUAGUAAAGUUUAUGCCUUUGUAACUUGGUGUUAUGUAACAUUUCAUUCUCUGUUUUCUUUAAAAUUUACUUAUUGUAUAUUGUUCAGACUUACAGUUUUGAUAUAAUGGCAUUUUGCUCAGCCUUUUGUAUCAUACUGUUUAGCAUAGUUAGUGUCAGUAUUGUUUAAACGUUUAUAGCUUACUAUAGUUUAGACUUCUUAGUAAAUUCUUGUUUACCUUUUUGACGAAAGAUUAAACAAUACUGUAAUUAAAAGUGUCUAAACAAUUCUACUGUUGAAAAACGGCGUUAAACCCAACACAAACAAACAAAGCCUUUCUGGCGUUGUUAAAUGUGCAACAUUUUAAAUAUGCUUUUGUUCAGACGUAGACAGUAGAUUGUUUAGACACUUUUAAUUACAGUAUUGUUUAAUCUUUCGUCACACUGACAGAGUUAGAUGACACGGAAGUGCAGUCCGCUUGUGCCCUUCUUCUCUAGUGAAGCAAAUAAAAUGAAAAUUUUAUAACACAGUAUUUUUCUGCUUUGUCCGUCCGUCCUGCAAUUCUUGUCCGAAGUAUUUCUCAGCACCUUCGCUGGAAUUCAUCGAAAUUUCAUAAGAAGCGGGAUGCGCACUUUGUUUUCAUGUUCUGAUCAGAUGAUUUUUAUGAUGAGUUAUUGCUUUUUGAUUAUUCAACAUUAUUUAACCAUAAUACCAUUCCUUUUCCGGAGUUUCCCUAAGCAACCAUGUCUUGAACUCAGCGAAACUUCACAGACUGCUUCAUUUCCGUAGAGGGAUGCGCAUAUUGUCAUUCUGUUCCAGUCGGGUGUUCACGAAGUUACUGCCCUUUGGUUAUUCCCCAUUAGUUUACAAUAGCAAGUGAGUUAUUUCCUUUCGAUAAUUCAGUAUUAAUUAACUAUAUCGCCUUGCUUGUUAGUAGUAUUUCUCAGAAACCACUGACUGGAAUUUCAGCGAAACUUCAUUGGAAGCUUCGCUCAGAAGGGGAGAUGCGCAUAUAGUGUUCGUGCUUUUUUCAGCAACUUCUUGCUGGAGUUCUAAGAAACUUCUUUCGAAGCGUCACUAGUGCCCAUUCGAUGAAUGCCACUUGUGCGCUUUUAAUAAGCAACAAACUUCGAGAAGCAUUCAUCGGAUUUUCCUGUGUUUAAUUGUUUUUAAUUCAGUAGCAUGUUAUUGUUUAAACCUUGCAUUCUUGUAGCAUAGUGUUGCGUUAACAUACAUGGCAGAGAAUUGUAUAAACUUUUGUAGCAUUGUUUUUCUUUUACUUUCGCUGCAUAGUUUUGUAUUUACUUUUCAGACAUAUUCUCUAAUGAUUUAAAUAUGUGAAUUUAUUUUACUCUAUUGUAUUUCUAAUGAAUUGUACUUUCUGAUCAAUUACUUAGAGUAUGAAGUCAGAAGGGUCUGAGUAUUGCACUUUGCUCUCUGGCGCUUAACGAUUUUUCCCGAUUUUUGAAUUUUAUCAGUGUUGCCAUGUAAGUAUCUAUUAAUAUACAGUGACUGAUACUUUCUCCCUACAUGCCUAAGUAUAGAUUAAACACAGUUGUACACGACAGUAACCGAUGCUUAUAACCGGAAGCGACACAUUUAUUUUUGGCACGCCGCUUGCCUUUUCUGAACGUUUAUAGACACUGACGACGUCCUAGUGACAGUAUAGGUCUAGCGGUGGCAGUAACCACGAAAACACGCUAUUGCCGUAUAAUAAUGUAUAAUAAUAAUCUAAAAAGUCAAAAUUUUCAGACAUUACAAAAUGGUGUUGAUUUAGAUCUUGAGAAAAUAUUUAUAACGAUAUUGUAAAUUGCAGUUCAGUAUUGAUAUCCUUCUUUUGUUGAAUUGUUAAAGCUGUCUUAACAUAUUGUUGCUCAAACCAUACUUGUUUAAUUUAGCAUACAUAUGAUUUUGAGGAUUUCUUACUGAUAGGGAUAUGUUUACAAGACAACUUUCGGACUGCCGUUACUAAGUUGAACAAUGAAAAAAAUAUUCAGUUUGCGGGGACCUCUACACAUUUUUUGCUAAUACUACAAACUUGUUCCUUCUUUAACUAUUCCAACACCUUUAGAUUAGCACUAAAUGGCCAGUUUUUAAUGGGUUUUUUUUGCAAAUGUAAUUUGUUAAGUUAUCGCGUCGUCUGUCCGUCCGUUCAUUUGUCAACUUUUUCUGUUUCCGGAUCAUAAGUCAGAGAUCAUGUAAAGUUUUGAAAGGUUUUCCAAAAUUUAUACACAUAAAUUAAAUAAACGUACAAAAAUAUACUUGUUGCUUUUGUGGCCAGUGUCUCAAAAAUCAGUUUCAGAGGAACCGAAGUUAACCGCUCUGAAUCAUUUCAUUUCCAAGCGUUCAUCGACAAGAAUAAUUAUUUCAUUGCACAUCUUUAUUUUUAUCAUCUUAAAAGCUUUGAAAAUGAAUUUGUAUUAAAAUUUAUGGUAUAUCUUGAAAUGUUUGAAAGUAUUUUACAACUAAAUAUGUCAUGCAUUUUCAGACUCAUGCAGUCAUAAGUCAUCAUUUAAAUUUACAGACAUUCCAUUUAACAUGAACAAUUAUGUUAUUACAUUUUGCAUUUAUUCGGCAGCUAUGGAUAAACAAUCUCAUUAAAAUAAUGUAUAGGCUAUAUUUUAGUUUCUUUACUGUGUUUUUCAUUAAAAUACUUCAAUAUGAAAUGUAAAAAUAAACAGUUACAUAUUUUUA